GGGUGUCGGUGGGGCUGUUCAAUCGCAGAGAUUGUACAGAGUUCUUGCUUCAACAGUGCUUGAACGGAACUCAGCUCCGUCUCUUAGCCUUACAGACGAACUUCUAUCGGACGUGCAGUACGACCAGUGACACCAUGACUUCCCAGAUCCGUCAAAACUACCACCAGGAGAGCGAGGCCGGAGUGAACCGCAUCGUGAACCUGGAGCUAUCCUUCUAUUUUAACCGUGAUGACGUGGCCUUAGAAAAGUUUUACGAGUUUUUCAAGGAGCUGUCCCAUGAGAAGCAGGAGCAGGUGGAGCGAUUCCUUAAAUUCCAGAAUCGCCGUGGUGGGAGGAUUUUGUUCCAGGAUAUCAGGAAACCAGACCAUGAUGAAUGGGGAAAUGGGAUGCAGGCUAUGGACUACGCCUUGAAGCUGGAGAAGAAUGUAAACCAGGCUUUGCUGGAUUUGCACAAGAUUGCAUCAGAGCAUGCUGACCCUCACAUGUGUGACUUCCUGGAGUCUCACUACCUAGAAAAGGAAGUGGAGCUGAUCAAGAAGCUGGGAGACCACAUUACCAACCUGAAACGUACCACGGCUAACGAUCCUGGCAUGGGUGAAUACCUUUUCAAUAAGAUGAGCCUAGAAGACAGCAGCUAAAUGUCUGACUGUUCCCCUGCCAUCUCCCUAUAGGCAGUAGAUCAUAAUGAAGAACUAGUUCCCAUGUUUCAUCCUCUCCUCCUUGUGUUCUAUAUUGAGAAUGUCUCUGGAAUAAAGGAUUCUGGGUAGCCUGUACUGAUAAUUUUGUUUGGAAGAAAUUUAGAACUUUCAUUAACCUUUGCAGCAUUAA